AUGGCAACCGAAACGACGGUCCAGGUUCCGAGAACAAUACUUUCGAGCAAUCCUCAUGCAGACAAAAAGGUCGAUGUUGCAGCCGAUGCCCGUCGAGUCUUCGAUGUUUUAGUCAAGGGUGGGCUUGCUAUCGUCCCAGCUGAUGUUGGUUACGGGCUCGUCGCGAUCGACCCUGCUGCACUUGAACGUGCCUUCGUCACAAAGCAAAGACAACCCCACAAGCGGCACGCCAUGAUCGGGAGUUAUGCACUUCAUAAAGAAUUGCACGUGCUGCCAGAGAGAGAGGCAAGAAUGGUGGAAUUAUUCACACAAGAUCUCGACAUCCCUCUCGGGGUUAUUGCUCCCAUGAAGGCGGAUCACCCCAUCAUCCGAAAACUUGGAACGGAGACAUUGGCAAGAAGCUCUGUGGACGGUACAUUGGCUAUGCUGGUGAACGGCGGAGCGUUUCAGGAUGAAUUGUCACGACUGGCCACCGAGGCUGGUCUGCCUUUGAUGGGCUCGUCCGCGAACUUGUCAGGAAAAGGGACGAAGAGCCUGGUCGAGGCCAUCGAGCCUGAAAUUUUGGGUGUUGCAGAUAUCGUCAUUGACUAUGGGAAGCGGAAGUAUUCUUACCCACGGCCAUCGUCGACAAUGAUUGAUUUCCGAACCGUCGAGUUGAUGCGUUUUGGUGCUUGCUACGACGUGGUGCAGGACAUAAUGAAGCGGUUCUAUGGUAUCGAUUGGCCGAAUGAUCCUGCACCAAAGACCGGAGUGGUUGAUCAAUAG